AUGGGGUUGAAGAGACGCAGUAAAGAAGGAAAAGGAGUCAAAGACGAAUUCAAUGAAAGCAAAGAAGGAGAAGAUGUUUCCUUUGGUGACAUCACCAUCGAUGAAUCAGAAAAAGUGCUAUUCUUCCACCUGUUUCGGUACUCCGACAUAAAGGACAAAAUCAUGCUUAUUAUUGGCUUUAUUCUCGCUCUGGUAGUCGGUUGCUCAUUUCCUGUCAAUUUGAUCAUUUUCAAAGAAGUGGUAAAUCUCUUGACAUCAGACACGAGUGUUGAUUUGGCUAGAAUGCGCGAAAUGGUUGGAUGGUUUUGUCUUUUGGGAGCUGUUACAAUGGUUCUAGCUUUCAUCGAAAUGUUCUUCUUCAGUCUUUCUGCUAGACGACAGAGUAGACGUAUUAGGCUGAAACUCUUCAAGCAAUUGCUUCGACAAGACGUUCCUUGGUUUGAUCAUCAGGCACUUGGUGAUAUUAUCACCAAACUCACUGCGGACGUGGAUUCGAUUGAAACUGGUAUUGGUGAAAGAUUGGGUCGAUUCGUUCAAAAUUUUGCCAUGUUUAUAUCGUGUUAUGCCAGCGCUUUCACUAAUAAUUGGAAAAUCGCAUUGGUGGGCCUUAGUUCAGCUCCCAUUAUUGUAAUUGCUUUCACUGUCAUGGGUUACACGAUGAGUACCUUUGCAAUGAAGGAACAAAAGGCCUACUCUAAAGCCAAUAAUGUUGCGAGUGAAGUUUUCAAUGCGAUUAAAACGGUGUUUGCAUUUAUUGGACAAGAGAAGGAGAAGGUUCGAUACUCAUCACAACUGGGCGCAGCUGCCAAGGUUUCAUUCUUGAAGAAUACAAUGCUUGGAUUUGGGAUUGGAAUGAUUGGAGGGUCAAUUUUUGCGGCUGCUGGUCUAACGUUUUGGUUUGGUGUGAAGGAAAGUUUAGAAAAUGGCAAUUACAUUGAUAGUGGAACCAUUACAUCAGUUGUACUAUCAUUCCUUGUCGGCAGUAUUGCACUGGGUUUGGUUCUGCCAGAAUUUUCUUAUUUCACUCGAGCAAAAGCUGCUGCGAAAAACACCUUCUACAUUAUUGAACGUGUAAGUAUUGAAGCUGGAAUAUAG